AUGCUGCUGGAGAAGAGGUUCAAGAAGCAUGGUGUGCUUCCAAGAGUUCUAGAAGGAACGGAUUGUUCCAGCAGCUGCCAUCCUGAAUUCCGUUAUAAAACAGAAUUCCAAAGUUAUGAGCCUGAGUUUGACUAUUCAAAAAUCUUGGAAAUUGAAGAGAAAAUCAACAAGAUCAAAUGGUUUCAAACAGCUAACAGUUCCAUUUUUCUGCUAUCCAGUAAUGAUAAAACCAUAAAGUUCUGGAAGGUAAUUAGUCAUGAUUCCAGCCUUUUAGUUAGAUGUAGAAGAACAUAUGCCUAUGCUCAUGACUAUCAUAUUAAUUCCAUUUCUAAUAAUAGUGAUGGUGAAACAUUUAUCUCAACUGAUGAUUUACGCAUAAACCUUUGGAACUUUGAAAUCAAAAAGGUUAUAACUACAGCAGAGUUUCAUCAUUCACAUUGUAGCAAUAAGAGGGAGAAGAUGAAGUACAGGUUAACAUCAAAUAACAACCUGGCGAGUUUCGAUUACCAAAUGCCAACACAGGAGGUUAUCAUUUGUGGUUAA